AUGGCAAGAAAGCCAAAUUUCACUCCGCAAGAGCUGUCUGUGUUGGUCGAUCUCGUCGACCAACACAGACAAGUAUUGUUUAGCAAAUUCAAAAAUGCCAGAAGCAAUGCUGCCAAAACUCAGCAGUGGCAGCACAUCACGGAUCGGGUGAAUGCAGUGGGCCUCAGCUGCCGGCGCACGGUGGAGGACAUCAGGUCAAAAUGGAGGGACUACUCCAGCGUCACAAAAAGAAAGGCUGCAACCCUCAGAAGAGAGAGGGAGCGGACUGGUGGUGGGAGGACCAGUCUGCCUUCCCUCACAGCUGAGGAGGAGAGGGUUGUAGCCAUUCUAGGUCCGGAGGCGCUGGAGGGAGUCCCUGGCGGCAUUGAUAUGUUCGCCCGUCGGCGUACGAGCGCACCUGAAUCCCCACCGUGCCAGUCACAGGGCCCCUCCACUUCCACCUCCAUCCUGCCACAGGGCCCCUCUACUCCCACCGUCACCCCCUCGGAAGACCCCUCCACCCCUUCACAAGACGCCAGGCCACCCCUCCGUUGCCGACGUUCCCUCAGGGCUGCGGUGUCUCCUGCGUCCCCAGAACGGCAUUGGUCUGAAAGCCCUCCGACUCCCCUCGGCCGACCCUCGCCUCUCCAACGCAAUCGCUGCGAUUGCAGCGUGGAGCUCCUGAGGUCGGAGGAGCAGAAGAUCGCCAUUCUGAGGGGCAUCAAGGAUGAGCUGACAGAUCUGAGGGAGCAACAAGAGCGUCACCAUCAGGAGACGAUGGCGUAUCGGCGGCAGAAAUUGGCCUUGGCCGUUUCGAAGCCGUCGUUCAUGAUACAUCUCCCCACUGCCGAAGGUAAGUUCUAG